GCCCUCGGCCCCCCUCCACCACCCCUCCAUGAUCGGUUCGGCCAUGACCUCCUCCCUCAACUCCCCCGUCGCCAGCCUGGGCUCCCCCUUCCCCGUCAUCAGCUCCUCCAUGGGUUCCCCGGGGCUCCCCGCCACCCCCGCCAUCGCCUACGGCCCCGUCAGCAGCCCCCAGAUCAACUCCACGGUCAACCUCUCGGGGCUGCACCCCGUCAGCAGCUCGGACGACGUGAAGCCACCCUUGGGGAUCCGAGCUGUCCCUUGUCACCCCCACGGCCCCGGCGUCGCCGGCAAACGCCUCUGCGCCAUCUGCGGGGACCGCUCCUCAGGGAAGCAUUAUGGGGUGUACAGCUGCGAGGGCUGCAAAGGUUUCUUCAAACGCACCAUCCGGAAGGACCUGACCUACACCUGCCGGGACAACAAGGACUGUGUGGUUGACAAACGUCAACGCAACCGUUGCCAGUACUGCCGCUACCAGAAGUGCCUGGCCACCGGCAUGAAACGGGAAGCCGUGCAGGAGGAACGGCAGAGAGGGAAGGAGAAGGAAGGAGACGGGGACCUGGGGGCCAACGCCAACGAGGAGAUGCCGGUGGAGAAGAUCUUGGAGGCGGAGCUGGCGGUGGAGCAGAAAUCGGACCAAAGCGUGGACGGCGCCGGCGGCGGGGGCAGCUCGCCCAAUGACCCGGUGACCAACAUCUGCCAGGCCGCCGACAAGCAGCUCUUCACCCUGGUGGAGUGGGCCAAGAGGAUCCCCCAUUUCUCCGAGCUGCCCCUGGACGACCAAGUCAUCCUGCUGCGGGCGGGUGAGGAGGAUUUUGGGGGGUGGGGUGGGGGUCUGCCCCACGGCCAACCGAGCCCCCCCGACACCACCUGCCCCCCCACUAGCGCGCCUGGGGGUCUCAGGGGGAGCACCCAGAGGGUCACCAGGAGGACCCAGGAUCCCGGUGGUGGUAGGGAGCAGAAGCGGAGGCGCAGCAGCGGGGAUGAUCCCUGGGAGCUGUAA